AAACAAAGCCAGACAAGCUCAGAGGAGGGAAGGAGAAUUAGCUCAUAUAACAGAGGUGCUGCUGAAGCUACUGACACCAAUACUCGUCCGUUGUUAUUUGGUGGUUGUGUGCAGCAGCUGAGCACACAGUGAUCCCCAUCAUGAUGACAACCAAGAGACUGGACCAUUUUGAGGUGGUGUGUGAGUGGGCUUCAUGCAACUUCAAGGGCCGAACCAUGGAGGAGCUGAGCGAUCAUAUGUCUUUGCAUUUGAAAGACUACCUGGGAGACAACGAUGCCUUAGAGGAGCUGGAUGAGUAUGCUUGUCUCUGGAAUGGAUGUGUAUUUCUGUCCAUGGGUAGCCCUGCAGAGCUGGAGGUCCAUGCGUACUUCCACAACUACCACGGUAAGCUCAAGUUUGUCGGGUCACAGCUGCUCAAGUCCCGUCCUGAUCUGCCCAGCUGCAACCAAGGCUUGCACAGCAACAACCUCGUUCCUGAAGGAUCAGAUGGAUACGUUUGCCAGUGGAAGCACUGUGAUAGUACAUUUAACAAUCCUGAGUGGUUCUACAGACAUGUGGACAAUCAUGUUGAAAGUGCUGAGCCACAGUCUCUACCGCAACAACUGCAGGCUCUUUUCUGCCAAUGGACAGGCUGUGAUGCUUUCUUUAAAAUCAAAUACCGUUUAAGAGAACACAUGCGGAGCCACACUCAGGAGAGACUUGUUGCCUGUCCCACAUGUGGCAGCAUGUUCUCCAGCAACACAAAGUUGUUUGACCACCUACACAGACAGGCCGAGCCUGUAGAGUCGCUGGUAUGUGAACAUUGCGGCAAAGCUUUUUCCAGCGAGAGGCUUUUGAGGGAUCAUGUUCGUCAGCAUGUGAAUCAGGUGAAGUGUCCCUUCUGUGACAUGACCUGCACCACUUUGGCAGCUUUGAAGAUCCACAUCCGGUUCCGCCACUGUGAUGAGCGUCCCUUUCCAUGUGACUUCUGCGACAAGAGAUUUAAGAACCAGCCUGAUCUACAAAAGCACACUGAGGUUCACAAUGAGGGCGCUGUGUAUCACUGUACAGUGGAAGGCUGUGACUAUUCCUGUCACACAUUCCAAACCAUGAGCCACCACUACAAGAGAGUACACGAGGUCGGGGGGAUGUCCAAAUAUAAAUGCCAUAUCUGUGAUAAGGUCUUCUCAUGGUGUUACACUCUCACACUUCACCUUCGCAAGAAGCAUGAGCUGAAGUGGCCCUCUGGACAUUCCCGCUUCAGAUACAGAAAGGAUGUAGACGGCUUUCUAAAAGUCAACAUGGUGCGGUUUGAGACUGUGGAAGUGACAAAGGAGAUCAUGAAGAACAUGGCCAAAAAGCCGCAGAGCCUUCGGAAAAGUCAGAGAACCAGCAUCCGGAACAAGAGGACUGCGGUGACGCCAGAGAGCGUCCGGAGCUCUCCUGCAGGAUCCUCCUCGCCCUCCUCGAGCUCUUCGUCCUCGUACUCCUCAGAGCUCUCUGGAGGUGAGGAUGCUUCGUCUCAGCCCAGCCCCAGAGGCAGUGACUCUCCCGUCUACUGUGUCAUGAGCACCAUCCCCCACAUUGAGGAGGAGCCUGGAGGAUCUUCUCAGGAGGAUUGUGAUGGUAGUGGGACAUCUGGAGCAGUCCAGGCCCUGACGGAGGUUGCGAGGGGCCUGGGCAUGGACGUAGUGUGAUUAUUGCAUGCUGCACUGCAUCGGGCAUCCAUCAUCGGCACUCUUGUAGCUGUUAUGAAAUGACAUUGGUUUGUCUCUUGUAGAUUGUUUUACUGUGAAGCUACCAGUGGAGACUUUUUUUCCAGCCAAAGCUUUUAUGGUCUCCAGUGUUUUUAGAGUGGUGUGCCAUUGAAAUGGUUCUGUUUGCACUGGUUUUGGAGACCAUACUUUUAUUCUAGCAGCUCUUAACUCUGAUGCCUCAGCUUCGUGACGUCUCCCGUCUAUGGGAUUGCCAGUUAAUCCCGUUAAUGUUUCUGAUGAAGCUUACACAAGUGAGAUGAGUUGAAAGUACUACAAAGCUAGUUAUUUGUAAUGUUGUUCUUUACACACCAUGUUCCAUUGUUUAUAUUAUUUUAUAUUUCCUUUAUGUCGAUUGCCAGAAGAAUUCGGAAGACAUCAUUUUGUAUAUAGUCUUGGAAUAUCGCUUGAUUUUAUUGUUACAAACUAGACUCUUAAUAUUGUAAGAGAGCAAUGACAAUAUCAACCCUUAACCAGCUGCAAUAAAUGUUAAGUUUGCAGAUUUACAAAUAGUUUUGUAAUUUUCUUCUUCCUCCAGACAUGAACAUUGUUAUCACCUGACCGAUUAAAAGAAGCGAGCAAGCGA